AUCUGACGUCGAGGUUGUUUCUCAGCAGGGCUCCGCAGAGAUCUGGACCCUUCCUGGGGACUGGCUUUUCAUCCUGAGUUGCUUUGUGAUGGCCCCGGGGCCCAGGAAUGGCCCCCCUGGGGCCGCAAAUUGCUAGAGAUGUGCUUCGUGCUUUUUUGUUUUGCGACGCGAGGAUGUCAGGGAACUGGUGGGCGACCAACCCGAGAAUUGGCAGACGACCAAGCGUCAGAACCGAUCCCAGAUCCCCUCGCCCUUGGGGCGGAGAGCGGGCGGGGCUGGCGCAGGCCCUCCGGCGGCGCGCAUUCGAGGAUUUCGACGAGGUGAUAUUCCGGUGUUUCGGUGUGCACGGCAGGGAGUUCGGCUCCUCCGUCAACGGGUUCCAGAUGACGGUCUCCGGCCUCGAGUUCUCCUCCGGACCCCCAUUCACCCCUUCUCCUGACUCACGCGGCAGGAGCAGCUGCUCUCGGAGGCCCGCGAGUGCCGCGACCGAGAGGAGCCGCUGCCCGCGCAGGACCCGACUGGGGGUUCCUGGGGCUGGCGUCCAAGAGCCCCGUGCGCGCCGCCUGCGUCGCUGCGGCCCGCAAGCUGGGCGUCACUCUACGGGAGAGAGCGGCCUCUGCGUCGUGGAGCUCGUGGAGACCGCCCGGGUGCCCAUCGUGAAGUGCAGGUGGUGCGCAGAGGCGGGGGGGGCCGCGGCGUCGCAGGCGCCCGGCUCGCCGCGGGAGUUCGAGGUGGACGUCUCGUUUUGCAACGAGGCGGGCUAGCCCCACUGCUCUCUCUCUCUCUCUCUCUCUCUCUCUUUCUCUUCCCUCGCCGCCUUUCCU